AUGGCACAGGCUGUUCGCAUUCUCUCUGGACCAGGCGCGGUAUACACUCGUGGCUCCGUGUUCAAUGCCGGGAGUAACGAGACUUUUGCAUCGCCAGCAUUCUACUCGAACAACCACAACGCCUGGAUCCACGUAUUUCCGGAGGGAUGCGUGCACCAGCACCCCCAAAGUACCCUGAGGUACUUCAAAUGGGGAGUUUCACGCCUGAUCCUUGAGUCCGACCCAGCUCCUCAGCUGGUCCCCAUGUUCAUCGACGGUUUCAAGAGCAUCAUGCCCGAAGAUAGGAAAUGGCCGCGGUGGUUGCCUCGUGUAGGCGCCAAAAUUCGCGUCAUCUACGGCGACGCAGUCGAUGUCGACGAGGCCUUUAGGGAUUCGCGGUCUAGGUGGAAGCACAUGGUGAAGAAACAAGAGGAAGCACUCGGCAGACCACUGAGCGCUGGGGAGGUUCCCGAAGCGCUGAAGCACAACCCCGAGGCCAUCCAACUAAGAACAGAGGUUGCCAAGACCGUCAGGGACAUGGUUCAGAAGCUUAGAGUGAGGGCGGGUUAUCCCGAAGAUGAUCCAGCAUUCGCUCUGGCGGAAACUUGGGAGCGGGAACCUAAGACGAAGCAAUUCAAGAGCCCGGUGGAUGACAGUCUGGUCCACAAGGAAUGA